AUGAGUGGCCACACCUCUCCUCCUCUUGACGUCCUGGUCACUGACAGCACGGAGCAAGCCAGCAUCACCCAAACCAUGAUAGCCAUACCAGGAGCCAGCAGCCCCUCUGGGCCCCAGGCCGAGGCAGCGCCGUCCUCCCAGGCCAAAAGCAUAGCUGGGGUGUACGUGGAGGCCUCAGGCCAGGCCGAGAGCUUCUACACUGCCAUGAGACAGGGCCUCCUGCCUGACAGCCUUGGGCUGGCUCUGCUGGAGGCCCAGGCAGCCACUGGGGGCCUUGUGGACCCUGCCCGGGGCCAGCUGCUCCCUGUGUCAGAGGCACUGCGUCAGGGCCUGGUGGGGUUGGAGCUAAAGGAGAAGCUGCUGGCCGCUGAGGGCGCGGUCACUGGCUACUCAGACCCCUAUGGGGGUGAGAAGCUGUCACUCUUUCAGGCCAUCGGGAAGGAGGUUGUGGACAGGGCUCUGGGGUGGAGCUGGCUGGAGGCCCAGCUGGCCACGGGGGGCCUGGUAGACCCCACCCGGGGUAUUCGAGUGGCCCCAGAACCAGCCUGCCAGCAGGGCCUCCUGGAUCAGGAGACUUGGAACAGCCUGUUGGAGCUCGAGCCCAGCAUGGGGGUCCCAGGCUUCCUUGACCCCAACACACUGGAGCGGCUGAUGUACCGUGAGCUGCUGGAGAGGUGCGUACGGGCCCCUGGCUUGGGGCUGGCCCUGCUGCCUGUCAAGGUCACCUUCCGCUCUCUGGGCGGGGCGGUGAGUGCAACUGAGCUGCUGGAGGCUGGCAUCCUGGACGAGCAGACCGUCCAGUGCCUUCGGGAGGGCAGGCUGGCUGUGGCAGACGUGAGCAGGCACGCCGAAGUGCAGCGCUACCUGGAGGGUACUGGCAGUGUGGCAGGGGUCGUCCUGUUGCCCGAAGGCCUCAAGAAGAGCUUUUUCCAGGCCACCGCUGAGCACCUGAUUCCAAUGGGCAUCGCACUCCCACUUCUGGAGGCUCAAGCCGCCACCCACACCCUGGUGGACCCAGCCACAGGCCAGCGGCUAUGGGUGGAAGAGGCGGUCAGGGUGGGUUUGGUCGGCCCAGAGCUGCACGAGCCGCUCCUGUUGGCAGAGCAGGCUGUGACAGGGUACCACGACCCCUUCAGCAGCACCCGAAUCCCCCUCUUCCAGGCCAUGAAGAAGGAGCUCGUGGACAGGCCACUGGCGCUACGGCUCCUGGAUGCGCAGCUGGCCACAGGCGGGCUAGUCUGUCCGGCCCGCAGGCUCCGGCUGCCCCUGGAGGCUGCCCUGCGCUCUGGCUGCCUGGACGAGGCCACUCAACAGUUGCUCUUGAAGGCAGCUGAAUUCACAGACCCCAGCACACACAGGAGACUACAUUAUGAGCAGCUGCUGGCCCGUUGUGUCACUGACCCCGAGACGGGCCUCGCCUUCUUGCCCCUCCCAGGGGGACCCUGUGGAGAGAAGCCCCAGGGACCCCCGUUCAUUGAGCACUGCACUCGGCAGGCUUUGAGUGCGGCUGUGACCACCAUCUCCAUGGGGAGGUUCCAGGGUCAGCCCGUGUCUCUCUGGGAGCUGCUCUUCUCCGAGGCAGUCCCCAUGAAGCAGAGGGUGACACUGGCCCAGCGGCACCAGGAAGGGACCCUGUCGGUGGAAGAGCUGGCUGCUGAGUUGAAAAUUAUCAUUGAGCAGGCUGCAGCCAAUGCCAGGGUCACCUUUGCUGGGUUGAGGGACACCGUAACACCAGGGGAGCUGCUGAGAGCCAAGAUCAUCGGCCAGGACCUGUUUGAGCAGCUGGAACGAGGACAGACCACAGCCCAGGAUGUGGGCAGCCUGGACUCAGUGCAGAGGUACCUGCAGGGAACGGGCUGCAUUGCUGGCCUGCUGCUGCCUGGCUCCCAGGAGCGGCUCAGCAUCUACGAGGCCCGCGGUAAGGGGCUCCUCAGGCCUGGCACCGCCCUUAUCCUCCUUGAGGCACAAGCUGCCACUGGCUUCAUCAUCGACCCCAAAGAAAACAAGAGACACUCUGUUGAGGAGGCGCUGAGGGCUGGUGUCAUCGGGCCCGAUGUGUACAUGAAGCUGCUGUCGGCCGAGCGCGCCGUCACCGGCUACACCGACCCCUACACCGGGGAGCAGAUCUCCCUCUUCCAGGCCAUGCAGAGGGACCUCAUCGUCCGCGACCACGGCAUCCGCCUGCUGGAGGCCCAGAUCGCCACAGGUGGGGUCAUCGACCCCGUACACAGCCACCGCCUGCCCGUGGACGUGGCCUACCAGCGCGGCUACUUCGACCAGACCCUGAAUUCGAUCCUGUUAGACCCUUCUGACGACACCAAGGGCUUCUUCGACCCCAACACGCACGAGAACCUCACAUACCUGCAGCUGCUGGAGCGCUGUGUGCGCGACCCCAAGACAGGCCUGUACCUGCUGCCGCUCCGCAGCGCACAGCCCCAGCUGGUGGACGGGGCCACCCGGCAGACCUUCCAGAAGUUGCUGCUGUCUGUGAAGUAUGGACGGUUCCAAGGGCAGAGGGUCUCCGCGUGGGAGCUGAUCAACUCGGAAUACUUCAGUGAGGACCAGAGGAAGCAGCUGCUGCAGCAGUACCGGCUGCGCAAAGUCACGCAGGAGCACGUCAAGCGGCUGCUGGAGGCAGCAUCGCGGAGGCGGGCAGACAUCAUGCUGCCUGCACUGCAGGGCCGUGUCAGCGCCUACCAGCUCCUGGAGGCCCACAUCAUCGACCAGCAACUCCUGGACCAAGUGCUGGCGCAGACAAUCAGUCCUGAGGCCCUCCUCCGCAUGGACAACAUCCGCAGGUUCCUGCGCGGCUCCGGUGCUGUGGGUGGUGUGCUGCUGCAGCCUUCCAACCAGCGGCUCAGCCUCUACCAGGCCAUGAAGCAGAAGCUGCUGCGACCUAGUGUGGCCCUGGCUCUGCUGGAGGCUCAGGCGGCCACUGGCACCAUCGUGGACCCUUGCAGUCUGGAGACCCUCUCAGUGGAUGAGGCUGUGCGUAGGGGCGUGGUGGGGCCAGAGCUGUGUGGCAGGCUGAGGAGGGCCGAGGGUGCCGUCACUGGCUUCAGAGACCCCUUCUCUGGGAAGCGGGUGUCCCUGUUCCAGGCCAUGAGGAAGGGCCUUGUCCCUUUGGAGCAAGCUGCCCGCCUCCUAGAGGCCCAGGUGGCCACAGGAGGGGUCAUUGACCCUGAAGGCCACCUACACCUCCCCAUGCCGGUGGCCAUCCAGCGUGGCUACAUUGACCGGGAAAUGGAGACGGCUGUGUCCAGUGCUUCUGAGACUUUCCCCACACCAGACAGCCAGGGACACACCAGCUAUGCCCAGAUCCUGAAGCAGUGUGCCCAGGACAAAGCCUCUGGCCUUCACCUCCUGCCCUUGCCAGAAAGUGCUCCCACCAUCCCCACUGACGAGCAGGUCCAGGAGACCCUGCAGGCCACACCGGGGACGGAGGAUGGCAUGUCCCUCUGGGACCUGCUUGGCUCCUGCCACUUCACUGAGGAGCAGCGGAGGGGCUUCCUGGAGGACAUCCGGGAGGGGAAGACCACCGUGCCACAGUUGCAGGCAGCCGUGCAGAAGUGGGUGCAGGGAGCCAAGCUCCUGGCCCAGGCCCGUGUCACGGUGCCUGGCCCGCGGGGUGAGGUCCCCGCUGUCUGGUUACUGGAUGCUGGCAUCAUCACCCAGGAGACCCUUGAAGCGCUGGCUCGAGGCACGCUGUUGCCCACUGAGGUGGCUGAGCAGCCAGCGGUGAAGGCCUGCUUGUGGGGCACAGGCUGCGUGGCUGGCAUGUCGCUGCAGCCCUCUGGGGCCAAGGUCAGCAUUGCUCAGGCUGUGAAGGAUGGCGUCCUGCCUGCAGGCCUGGGUCAGAGGCUGCUGGAGGCCCAGGUAGCAUCUGGAUCCCUUGUUGACCCUCUGACCAACCAGAGAUUGUCAGUGGAUGAUGCAGUGAAGGCCGGCCUGGUGGGCAGGGAGCUGAGUGAGCCGCUCCGGCAGGCCGAAAGGGCUGCAGCUGGGUACACAGACCCCUACUCGGGGGGCUCCCUCUCGCUGUGGCAGGCCAUGGAGAAGGGGCUUGUGCCCCAGAGUGAGGGCUUUCCCCUCCUGCAGGCACAGCUGGCCACGGGGGGUGUGGUGGACCCUGUCCACGGGGUGCACCUACCCCAGGCAGUGGCCUGCAGGCUCGGCCUCCUGGACGAGCAGACGGGCCAGGCGCUGACCACGACAGAUGCAGACAACAAGUUCUUCUUCGACCCCAAUACGAGGGACAAGGUAACAUACCAGCAGCUCAAGGAACGCUGCCUGCUGGAUGCCGAGACCGGCCUGUGGCUGCUACCGCUCCCCCAGGACAGAGCACUAGAGGUGGAUGACCACACCGCUGUAGCCUUGAGGGCCAUGAAAGUGCCCGUUAGCAUGGGGAGGUUUCAAGGCUGCAGCGUGUCGCUCUGGGACCUGCUGUGCUCCGAGUACAUUGGCCCUGACAAGCGACGGGAGCUGGCAGCACUCUGCCGGUCUGGGAGGGCUGCAGCGCUACGGCAGGUGGUCAGUGCGGUUACUGCCCUGGUGGAGGCUGCAGAGGGGCAGCCCCCACAGGCCACCUUCACAGGGCUCCGGAAGCAGGUAUCAGCCCGGGACUUGUUCAGGUCUCAGCUGAUCUCCAAGAAGACACUGGAUGAGCUGCAGCAGGGGAAGAGGACCGUGCAGGAGGUCAUGCAGACGGACAGCGUGCGGCGGUCCCUGGAGGGAGGCAACUUCAUUGCCGGGGUCCUCAUCCAGGGCACCAAGGAGAGGCUGAGCAUCCCGGAGGCACUGAGAAGGUGCAUCCUGCGGCCCGGCACAGCCCUGGUGCUGCUGGAGGCACAAGCGGCCACGGGCUUUAUCAUUGACCCUGUGAAGAACCAGAAGCUGACUGUGGAGCAGGCAUUCGAAGCAGGGAUGUUUGGCAGAGAAACCUACAUGAAGCUUCUGUCAGCCGAGCGUGCCGUCACCGGCUACACUGACCCCUACACCGGGGAGCAAAUCUCCCUCUUCCAAGCCAUGCAGAAGGACCUCAUCGUGCGUGACCACGGCAUCCGCCUGCUGGAGGCCCAGAUCGCCACGGGUGGCAUCAUCGACCCCGUGCACAGCCACCGCCUGCCCGUGGACGUGGCUUAUCAGCGCGGCUACUUUGACGAGGAAAUGAACCGUGUGCUGGAGGACCCAAGCGAUGACACCAAGGGCUUCUUCGACCCCAACACGCACGAGAACCUCACAUACCUGCAACUGCUGGAGCGCUGUGUGUGUGACCCUGAGACAGGCCUGUACCUGCUACAAAUUGUAAAGAAAGGAGAAACCUACACGUACAUUGAUGAGACCACAAGGCAAGUUCUCCAAUCUAGGACUCUGAAAAUGCGCGUGGGCCGGUUUGCCAACCAGACAGUGUCUCUCUGGGACCUGCUAUCCUCAGCAUACUUCACAGAUGACAGGAAGCGUGAGCUCGUGCAGGACUAUGGAGCUCGGGACAGGGGCCUGGAGGAAUUGUCAGCAGUCAUCACCACGGCCAUCGAAGAGGCAGAAGAGCAGAACCAAGCCAUCAAGGUGGCAGCCAUCAGGGGGGACACGACAGCUGCAGAGUUGUUCCACGCUGGGGUUGUGGAUAAAACGACCCUGGAUACACUUCGCCAGGGUAACAGGGGUGAGCAGGACCUCAAGCAGCUGGAGCAUGUGAGGAUCUAUCUGGAAGGCAGUGGCUGCAUCGCUGGGGUGACUGUGCCCGCCACCCAGGAGGUCAUGACCUUCCACGAGGCCAGCAGGAAAGAGCUCAUCCCCACAGUGUUCGCAGCCCAGCUGCUGGAGGCACAGGCUGCCACCGGGUUCCUGCUGGAUCCCCACACUCACCAGAAGCUGUCCGUAGAUGAGGCCGUGGCUGUGGGCCUAGUGGGCGAGGAGCUGCAGGAAAGGCUCUUAAACGCCGAGAAGGCUGCCACAGGCUACGAGGACCCUGACUCAGGAGACACAAUCCCAUUGUUCCAGGCCAUGCAAAGGAAGCUUGUCACAACGGCAGAAGCCUUGAGAUUGCUGGAGGUGCAGGUGGCCACGGGCGGCAUCAUCGACCCACAGCAACACCACCGGCUCCCACUACAGACAGCCUACAGACGUGGCUGUCUGCACGAGGACACUUAUGCACUCAUCGCUGAUCAGAAACACAUGAAGAAAAGGUUUGUGGACCCCAACACACAGGAGAAGGUCACCUACCAGAUGCUCCAGGAGAGGUGCCAGAGGCAGGAGCACACAGGCUGGGCUCUGUUCCCCGUGGUCAGGGACACACAGCAGCCUGAGUACAUUGAUGAGGCCACCAGAAAGGCUCUUGAGGCAGAGCAGGUAGAAGUAACAGUGGGGAGGUACCGAGGCCAGAAGAGAACAGUCUGGGACCUCCUGAACUCAGAAUAUGUGACGGAGGAAAGAAAGCUUGAGCUGGUGAGAAUGUACAAAAGGGAAACAGCACGACCACUACAGAAGGUAGUACAUGUGAUAUUAGACAUCAUCAAAGAGCAUGAAACCAGCAGGGAGCAACUGUGGUUCCGAGGGAUAAAAAGAAAUAUCACAGCAUCUGAGCUGGUAAGCGCAGACAUCAUCACCACAGAGACCCUACGGGAACUAGAGACAGGAACAUGCACACCACAGCAGGUGACCGCAGAUGAGCGAGUGAAGCGCUACCUGGAGGGCACCAGCUGCAUCGCGGGCGUCCUGGUGCCCGCCAAGGACGAGCCCGGCCGCCAGGAGAAGAUGAGCAUCUACCAGGCCAUGUGGAAGGGCGUGCUGCGGCCCGGCACGGCCCUGGUGCUGCUGGAGGCGCAGGCGGCCACCGGCUUCGUCAUCGACCCGGUGCGCAACCAGAAGCUGUCCGUGGAGGAGGCGGUGGCCGCGGGCCUGGUGGGCGGGGAGAUCCGGGAGAAGCUGCUGUCGGCCGAGCGCGCCGUCACCGGCUACACCGACCCCUACACCGGGGAGCAGAUCUCCCUCUUCCAGGCCAUGCAGAGGGACCUC